CUCGAUCGAGACAUGAAUCUCUGGAAUUUGGAUGACGUGACGUGUAUAACAAGCGGUGCAGGGAAUAUCUCUGAGCUCUCUUGGUCAAUGAUGCGAACCGGUAUUGGGGGUUGUGUGGUGUGGCCCCGGGUGGGGGAUAAUUUUUUUGUCGGUAGACAGGAAUACCUUUUCCCCUUCUGCAGCAACGCCAAAGUCAACACCGCAGUCUCUGUCUCUGCCUUGAAAGCACCCACUGAUGUACCCUCGCGUAUGCGCAACUUCACAAUUUGGUUCCCCACGGUUUCGCCCAAUGGUUGUUGUCGGUACUGCUUUGAUCGGGGAUUUGAAGCUGUUACUGUAAGUCACUAA